AUGCAUAUGGCACAUGAUCCGAACGAGGACAGGACAUUUGCCGCUGUUGAUAACUACAUCAACGAAUAUGGGAUGGAUGACGACAUAUUUGUGCCUCCCGGUGGUGAAGAACCCUCUCCAGCUGCUGCCGCAGGGAAACCCAAUUGCAACAAGCGUCUAUUCAGUUCUCAGGAGACGCCUCCAGCUGUGGCCUUCACCGAGACUCAGGAGACAACCAAUCUGAAAUGUGACGGGCCACCAGUGCCCAAGAAUAUCGCGUGGAGGGUGCAUGUAGCAGGUGAGCGGAUGCUAGUUAAAAGAUUGUACGAUGCUGCACCCGGUCCUAUGCGCUCUCUGGUUGACGGUGUUCAGCAUAUGGAGGAGCGGCGUCUCAGGGAGAAAGAUAAUGGGUACUCGGUGUAUGUGGCCAAGGUGCCCUCGGGUCAGGGCUUUGUCGAUAGCCCCGUUGGGCAGAAGAUCUUCCUGUGGUAUGAUGACAUAUUUUCUUUGGUAAACACUUAUCCGCUGCACUACACCUUCGUUCGCCUAUACUCGCUCAGUAUGGCGAUGCGGAUCAUUAGAAACACGACCCCGGGCAUCGCGAUAGCCGACCCCUUAUACAUGCGUGCCAUCCACUUGUCCAGCAUUGGGGACCGAAAAGUCGCGAGUGAAUACCUCAAAGGCUUCUUUCUGGCGAACCAGAAGAAGGAUAACAUCCUCCUGCCUUACUUUCUAGAAGAUAAUAUCUGCACACUCAUCUCCAUAUGCCCAAGACAUUCCACGGCCACAUAUUUCGAUGCAGACAGUAAGUCGAGCACAGACUACACACAUAUCAAGAGUGUACUUGAUGAUGCUCUCAAUGGCUAUGUCAAAGCUAAAGGCCUCAUCGAGACGCGAAUUGCUAGGUAUGGCAAGCACGUGUUCAAACACGUAACAAAUUUCCCCUAG